AUGGAUUUCCGGCCCGCGUCGCGCAUGGGCGAUGCAGAUGAGUCCAUACUAGCCGAACCAUACCGACCGUUCUACAACAUCUUCGGAAGCCAACCCAUCUUAGUAAAACAAAACAAUGAUUAUGACCGAGUGGCCUUUAGGGAGAGACCUUGGUUUGGUGUACUGCUGUUUGAUAAUGUAUCGUCGGAUGCAAGGGACCAUGCUGCGAAUGAACGAACAUUUCUGUCCUGGCUGAAGCUUAGUGUGUAUAUGGCCAUUGUAUCUGUAGCCAUCGUCCUCUCGUUCCACCUCAAAUCAGAACCCACACCACUUGAAAAGCGUUUCGCACUACCGUUGGGAAUCAUUUUUUGGUUGCUUUCCAUGGCAUGCAUGCUGUCAGGAUUGUCGAAUUAUAUUCAUACGAUCUCACGGUAUAGUCAGCGGCGGGCAUUGGUGCAGACGGGCUGGAAGACGCAGGUCGUUUUCACGGUGGUGUCAUGCGCCAUUGUUGCGACGUGCAUAUUGUUCCUCUCAACCAACGCGGAAAAGUGAUAGCGGACAAGUAACAGAAAUCUCGAACACUUUCGACGCAGCAGAUGGAAUAUCAUAAUAAAUCGUUACGCUCGUGCUGAUGUCGCUAAACCAGCAUAGUUUAUUCUUGUUCUGUUUGCUCAUCCCCACUCGAGGCCACGCGCCCAUAGACAUUUGACUUAAUCUGCCUCAAGGAUGGCCCAGGUCUGGUCGUCAACAGUCGUGUAGAUGAGACCACCUGACAACAGAUCAUCACCAGCCCUUGCGACCUCUGCUGUGUCGAUACCGAGUUUCGCGGCAAUCUCAUGCUGGUUCAGACCCUCGUUCGAUUGCGGCGCUUCUCUCAGAUACUGGAACACCUUCUUCGCUGUCUGGUUGUAGCCACCGAGAUCAUAGCCGCCGUAGCUGCCACCCAUGGCCGCUUGCUGCUGUCC